AUGAGUAAUUCCAAUGUUCAUAUCCGAACUAUUUAUGGCACAAUUUUGGGGGAUGUUUUUGUUGGUCGCCAAAAGCUUAUUUGGCGAUUAACACGAGGAUUAUACAUUAUAAAAAUGGAUCUUUGUAUUGAUGAUGGAAAUCAUAGAAUGGUGACAAUAAAUAACGAAGAUUUUGAUUUUGAUAUUGAUAGUUAUCACGCCACAGACCAAAUGAUUGAAAUGUCCGAAUAUCGAAUGUCCAUCAGCAGCUACUUUAUUAUUGCAUAUGCUAUAAACAACAGAGAAUCUUUCAAAGCUGUUUCUCGUUAUCGAAAUUUUAUAUAUGAAAAAAUAAACAUAAAAAACGGAACAAAAAUUCUUCUUGUACUAUGUGCUACGAAAUGUGACUUGGAAAGUGAACGAGUGGUGUCAACAGAAGAAGGAAUCAAAGUUGCAGAAGAGUGGGGUUGUCUUUAUUUUGAAACAUCUUCCAAAACAGGAAAGGGUGUCGAUGAAAUGUUUAAUACUAUUGUAAAGGAAUUUAAGAACAGUGGAUUACUCACACCACUUGAGGAAAUUGAAAGAAACAAACAAAAUAAAUAUAAGUGGUGCUAUUUAUUAUGA